CAGAAGUCAAAACUGCGAUUAAUCUUUACCUAUAACGGUCGCCGUAAUCAACCGGAGCAGGAAAAUCUAGUCUCUUUCAAUAGGGACGUCACUGUAUAUAAUUUUACUAUAAUAAUAUAGAGAAACAGUCAAUAGCGAACUUUUUUCCACUUCUGAGUUCCCACAUUAAAGGUCCGUGGAAGUCUUGUUGAUUAGUAGAAGGAUUGUUUGUACUAUCAUCUUCUUAUGGCCUUCGAAGCUAGUGCGAAGUUGGUUCUAAAGGUGUAGACAAGAUUGAUCAGCAAACGCAUGUCUAGGAAGUAAUGCCAUUAAUCCGGUAGUCCGAUUUUUGGUCUAGAUUUGAAAGGCUACAUCUUGGCUUUAGACUCUGUUAAACCUUCGAUCGUCUGUCCAAUAUUUCUUCCUAAAUUUUGCUGGUCUCAUAUCUCGAUAUCACUUUCUUUGGUGUUCUGUUUUUCACUGAUUUCGACGUAGUCCUUGGUCCAAUCAAAAAUUUUCACGAGGUCGAGAGCUAAAAAUGAAUGACGUGUCCAAGAUGAAUCCGGGUGCUGACAAUGCUUUUGCUGCUGUGCCUGUGCCUUUGCUGCCUGAUGUCCUGCCAGCGCUGUCGGGCGGAGAUGUUUCCCACAGAACUAGUGACGCGUCGGGCCUCGGGAAUGUGUCUGGGGUCAAUCCAGCUGCUGAGAACGAAGGUACUACGUGUGCUAACGGAAAGGCCCCUUUGCCGAGGAUCCCAGGUCUUUGCUCGGGUCCUGGAAAUCUUGGUACGUCCUGUGUCGGAAAUUGUGCUCCGCCGAUGCUGCUUCUGGGCAUGUCUCAACUGAAUCAAGCACUUUCGCCGCCACGGUUGCAGUUGAGUCAGUUGACGCCACCGAGCACGUCCCUGCUGCCCACUCAGAAUAAUCUGAGCUUGAAUAUCCAGACACCUCCUCCAAGUGCCGAGCUUUUACCGGGCCAGGCUAGGCAGAUGAAUGCGAAUGGGUCGUCUGUAGUGAACAACAAUGGGAGCAGCGUAACGCUGUGGGCGCCUUACGAAACACCGUGGGUGCCGCAGAACCACGCCGCGUCUCCUAGUGUGGUCGUGAAUGUAAAUAUCAAUGUUCGAUACGAAGAGCAAGAUGGAAGUGGUAUGUUGAUGGCCUUUCCAGAAUUUCCUCAUUCAAACAAUGGGGCCGCCUCGUUCUCCCGUCACACCAUGCUAUCGCAUCAGCGUCGUGGACAGGCGGCUACUUUUUCCAACUUCAAUGACGCGCGCAACUACAACGGGCAGAGUCGAAUUAGAGGAGGUCACAGCCAGAGGAUGCGAGCAGUGUCUUACCCUGCUGGGCAACAGUAUGGCUCUAUGCGCAACCGUGAACAUGGCAUGGCGAAUUAUGAGUAUACCAUUGCUGAGAUUAAAGUUGGGUAUGACGCAGCAGAAGGCGUGGAGGUGGUGCCACCAGCUGGAGUCAACGGCCUUGACGCCCCCGAACUCCACGAUACUUCGCUGCGGGACCUCACUCCUUUGGGCUUUGCAAAUCCUAAGGGAGAGGAAGCUUUGCGCCUGUCCCGUCCGUUUGAGGAGAAGGAUCCAACUUUGUUGCACGAGCUGGCCCGCUUGCCGAUCAACGAGACCACAAGCAUGGCAGCAGUGGUCGCAGUGACGAAUCAGUGUAAGCUAGACCAGCCAGAACCUCAGCCACACCUCAACCAGUGUGAGCUACUCUUCCUUGUGGAAAGAAUGACUGCAAGCGAUCAGCAAGGUCACGACGAAAGUGACGCCACUGCCUCUACUGAGGCUUCGUCUGCGGUGGAGGUGGAAACGGCGGUUGGUGGACGUGACGCCACGGAUUCCACUGAGGCGUCGUUUGGAGCGAGCGAGGAAGCGGCAGCUUCUGGAGAUAACAGUGAAAGGGAAAAGGAUG